AAAGCGGAGCGAGCCCAAAACGACGGAGGGUCAUACCCGCUGAUCCGGAGUCAGCCCUCUGUUGCAGAUGCCGCUUGAAGCCAAGACAUUAGGAACCUAUCGCAGACCAGUGACCACAAUCUCGUAUCAUGCACGGUCUAGUGGCGCGAACUUCAGUACAACUCCUUUCACAAGGGCUCCCGCGUCUGCAGACGUCACAUCUCGCCCCAGCAUGCCGUCUAACGUGGAGAUCAAGGCCAGGGUGAAUGACUACAGCCUAUUUGCUGAGAGGGCCGGUCAGCUCAGCCAAUCAGAGGGUGUGGUGAUCCGUCAGCAAGACACCUUCUUCAACUGCAGCAAUGGACGGCUGAAACUGAGAAACCUGAUGGAUGGGAGUGGCCAGUUGAUCUUCUAUGAGAGACCAGACUGUGAUGGUCCUAAACUGUCCCGUUAUUCCAUCUCCCCCACCCAGGACCCUGAGGGGCUGAGGACGGUGCUAGCAGAUGCUCUGGGUAUCAAAGGAGAGGUGAGGAAGGAGAGAAGGCUGUUCCUGGUGGGCCAGACCAGAGUUCAUCUAGACACAGUGGGAGGACUGGGACACUACAUGGAGCUGGAGGUGGUGAUGAGGGAGGACCAGAGCCCUGAGGAGGGGGAGAAGGUGGCGCGAGGCCUGAUGGAGCAGCUUGCGGUGGGGCAGGACAGCCUGGUGACUGGAGCCUACAUGGACCUGCUGCUGGAGGCAGCGGCCUAGCCUCUCACACACACACUAUAUGCACCACACACAUACUACACAAACAUUACACACACACACACUUCUUUUGUACUAUACUUUGUAAUACCUAAAGUGUGUGUGAUGACACACUGUAAGUUCUGUUUAUAGUUCUGGUGAUGGUUGAAGUGUUUCCUUAAUAAACUGACCUUGGGUCUGGUAGUCUUGGUUGAAGUGUUUCCAUAAUAAACUCUUGCUGACCUUGGGUCUGGUAGCCUUGGUUGAAGUGUUUCCUUAAUAAACUCUUGCUGACCUUGGGUCUGGUAGUCUUGGUUGAAGUGUUUCCUUAAUAAACUCUUGCUGACCUUGGGUCUGGUAGUCUUGGUUGAAGUGUUUCCUUAAUAAACUCUUGCUGACCUUGGGUCUGGUAGUCUUGGUUGAAGUGUUUCCUUAGUAAACUCUUGCUGACCUUGGGUCUGGUAGUCUUGGUUGAAGUGUUUCCUUAGUAAACUCUUGCUGACCUUGGGUCUGGUAGUCUUGGUAUUCCCUCCAAAAACGCCCAGAGGCGACGGAAGGCCAACGGACGCGUUGUCAAGGUAACGUCCUGGUUGGCAAGGUAACGUCCUGAUUGGCAAGGUAACGUCCUGGUUGGCAAGGUAACGUCCUGAUUGGCAAGGUAACAUCCUGGUUGGCAAGGUAACGUCCUGGUUGGCAAGGUAACAUCCUGGUUGGCAAGGUAACAUCCUGGUUGGCAAGGUAAUGUCCUGGUUGUUUGUUUUGUGGUCUGGGGUUGUUGUUCUGGUGCUUAGCUGUCUGAGUUGAGCUUUGAAAAAUGAUCUGUCCAGCACAUUCAGACGGUGUUAUAUAAGACCAUACCAGUACCACCAUGAUAAAGGCAUCAAGCCUAGUUGUAAUUAUAAAGGGGUUCUAAACACAUCUAUACAAUAGAAACCUACACCUAUAUCCAUGAUAGGGGAAGGUACAGCUCAGCCUUUAACUCCAGAACCAGAGGUCACAAGUUCAAAUCCCUCUGUAAGGAAGCAUGUUACAUGAUGUUGUAGGGAGUUAGGUGGCUGAGCGGUUAGGGAAUCGGGGGAGUAAUCAGAAGGUUCG